UCAUUCUCCAUCACCUUGGCUAUUGGGAAGGAAUUGCUGGCUGAUGUCAAAGAAUAGCCGUGUCUGAUAUUACACCGCUCUGCUUGCGAUCUCAAGUGGUCUCUGUCUCUCAUUUCGCUUGUCUUGUGCUAUCUGCUCUUGCUGUGGUCCUGCAACUACAGGUUGAUGACUAAACGGUAGAUUUGUAGGGAGGACGCGAGGAUGGAGUUGAUCCUUUCGUGCCUCUCACAUUGCGACUGCUGCUGUCUAGGUGGGCGUCGCCCCAAUUUCCGGACAUGUUGUAGCAAGCAUGGGAGACCCAACCUGCAAGAACGGCUUUAAUUCUAACACGGCUGAGAAAACGGGUAAGGGGGAAUCACGAAUUCAGGGUGAGACUGCUGGGCAAGGUGGUAGUGCGGGGAGAGCAGCGAGGGUGAAUGAACUGAUUUCAGAGCGACGACGGUAAGCAGUGCCAAGAAAUCAGUGAGCGGGUGAAGCAGCAGGGAGCCGAGGAAAGUCACAAGAUUGAAAUUUAUAGAUUGCAUGAGUAGCAAUAUCUGGGUGCAGACUACAUUGCGGAGGAUUACAUGCAGGGCAGCAACUCUGUCCCUAGCGAGGGACAGCUGGAGCCAGAGAGGAGUGCUGCUUACAACCAUUAUAACUCGGAAGCCGCGGAGGCACGGCACUCCUUCCUACAGAGUGCUCUCCCAACCUACACAUACACGAAGACGGGUGCCUUUGACGUAGCCAUAACCCAGGAGGUGUUCGUGGAGGUGGAUUCGGGCCACUCCAUCCGUUCGUAUCUGCGCAGAGUGCAAGUGGAGCAGGAUUUGGCAUUCUACAAGCAAGCGUGCGAGAGCGACCCCGCGAAUCGGUUUGCACCCUUCAUGGACCAGCAGUGGUUCCUCGUCCACAAGACAAAUUGGCAGCAGCGACUGCACGCUGACUUAACAGCUGGCCUGCCGAGAGAAAACCCUAAACUACCUGACUAUGACCCUAAGAUCACCGCGCAUUGUAUUAUAAUAAUGAUACAAGAUGUGCAUGCUGCUGCUCUGGAUGCACUCCAUGAAGCUGGCUAGGGAUAUUCUGUCGAAUCAUAACUACUGCUCAGAUUCAAGCUUGGCCGCUGAUCCAAAAUUUGGGAACGGAAGGAGGGAACAGAGGGGAACCAGCGGGGCGGGGAGGAGUGAUGUGUUUCCUCUGAGGGAAAAGGGGACUGGUCCAGAUGCAUAAAAUUAACUGAGCAAUUUCUACAAACAUAUUGUAUAUAUGUAUGUAUAUAUAUAUAUAUAUAUAUAUAUGAUAAAUUCUUCAUGGAUUUAUCAAUUCCACAUUUAGUGGUAUAAUCAAUGACUCACAUUUGUGUGGAAAGGAAUUUUGUUUGUCUACAAGGUUUAGAAAUUGAAUCUGGGUUUUUUGGAAAUGAUUUUGUGUUAAGGAAUCCCAAUUUUAUAUAUUGUUUAGACUCGAA